UUUCCUGAGGUAACCGCGUGGUGAGUUUGAGCGCGGACUGGGCAGGGGCUUAAGGAGACUGAGCGCGGAUGUGGGUGUGGUCGCACUGGUGAAGCCUGCCCGUGCCCAGGACACCAUAGACACUGAAAGGAUGGCCACCCGGCUGCAGACCAAGGAGGCCCUGGGGUCAGUGGCGUUCAGGGAUGUGAUUGUGGACUUCAGCCAGGAGGAGUGGCAGCAGCUGAAGCCUGAGCAGAAGGACCUGUACAGGGAUGUGAUGAUGGAGGUCUACUGGAACUUGAUCUCGCUAGGCUUGGAGACUGAACAGAACAUGAACGAACCGGACCCAGAGAAGGAGUCUUGGGAAGACAGACCAUCCAUUGCAAUGGUGGUCGGAGGACUCAUGAAGAAUGGAGCCCGGGGUUACUCCUGUGAAAAAGCGGGAAUACAGGGUGACAGGGUGGGGAAGCAACACAGAAGUACAGGGACAUGUUUAUGGCCUUUGGACACAUCCCAAGUGUUAACCCCUGAGUGUUGUGAAUUUAAGGCAUUCAUCCAUCAGGACCACAUGCUGGCCCCACCAAGAUUGGAAGGACCCAGAGGACCAGGGAUGCAGUGUUUUAGCAUGUGUGGGAAGACCUCAGGUACUUCAAGCCCCAGUCCUCCCUCCCAACUUUGUGCAGAGAAGAAGACAUAUAAGUGCAGACACUGUAGCAAGACUUUAAGCUCAAAGUCAUCCUUGAGGAAGCACCAACGAACCCAUUCCUUGGAGAAGCCAUACGUGUGUGGGGACUGUGGUAAGGCCUUCAGCCGAAAGGAUAAGAUCACCCUACACCGGAGGACGCACACCGGGGAGAAACCUUACGUGUGCGGAGACUGUGGCAAGUCCUUCAGGCAGAAGAGUAAUAUCAUCCUACACCAGAGAACGCACACCGGGGAGCUGCCAUAUGUGUGCGGGGACUGCGGAAAAGCCUUCAGCCGGAAAUCAACCCUCGAUGUGCACCAGAGGACACACACUGGGGAGAAGCCUUACUUGUGUGGGGAUUGCGGCAAGGCCUACAGAGACAAUAGGCACCUCGUCCAGCAUCAGAGGAUACAUACUGGGGAGAAGCUGCACUCCUGCCGGGACUGUGGCAAAGCCUUCAUCUACAAACGGAGUCUCGUUGUCCAUGAGAGAAUGCACACAGGGGAGAAACCUUAUGUGUGUGUGGAGUGCGGCCAGGCCUUCAGACAGAAUCGGCGCCUCGUGGAACAUCAGAGGAUGCACACCGGGGAGAAUCUGCACUUGUGCAUGGACUGUGGCAAAGCAUUCAGCCAGAGGUCUGACUUCCUUGUGCAUCGGAGGACGCACACUGGAGAGAAGCCAUAUGUUUGCGGUUACUGUGGCAAGGCCUUCAGGCAUAAGGGUAACAUCUUCCUACACCAGAGAACGCACACUGGGGAGAAGCCAUAUGGGUGCAGUUACUGUGGCAAGGCCUUCAGCCAGAAAUGCAGCCUGCUUGUGCAUGAAAGGAUGCACACGGGGGAGAAGCCAUUCAUAUGUGAGGAAUGUGGCAAGGCCUUCAGCCAGAAAUCCAGUCUCCGUGUGCAUUCAAGGACACACACUGGGGAGAAGCCAUACGUGUGUGAGUACUGUGGGAAGGCCUUCAGAGAGAAUAGGCGCCGCAUGAAGCAUCAGAACACGCACACUGGGGAGAAGCCAUAGUGUGUGAAGACUGGGAAGGCCUUCAGAAAGUAUGGACACCUCAUUGAUCACCCCAGGAGACACAGCGAAGAGAAGCCAUACACAUGGGGGAAAUGUAUGGCUUCCACGUCUAAUGGAGUUUCGGUGUGCAUCAGAUGAUGCACAUGGGGGCAAAGCCUUAUGUGUGCGGUAGUGGCAAGGCCUUCAGCUAGAAACCCAGCCUGGUUGUGCAUCAGAGGACAGACAGAGGAUACACAGAGAGGAGAAGCCAUAGGUGUGUGUGGACUCAGCCUAGCUUAUCCUUCAGAGUGAACAAGAGCCUGAUUGAGCUUCAGAGGACACACAUUGGACAGACGCCAUGUGUGUGCAAGGACUCCAGCCAGGCCUUCAGAGAGAAUAGGUGCCUCAUCAAGCAUUACUAGAUGCACACUAGGUAGGAGCUGAACAUAUGCAGGGAUUGUGGGAAGGCCUUCAGCAGAAUAGGAACCUCACUGAGCAUCAAAGAAUGCAGAUUUCAUCCCUGGCUGGUGUGGCUUUAUGGAUUGAGUGCUGGACUGUGAAUCAAAGGGUCUCUGGUUCAAUUCCCAGGCAGGGCACAUGUCUGGGUGUAGGCCAAGUCCCCAAUAGGGAGCACUUGAGAAGCAACCACAUACUGAUGUUUCUCUCCCUCUCUCUUUAAAAAAUAAAAAUUUUAAAAACCUAAAAAAGGGGGAGGUGGGAGCCAAUGCACCCAAAGGAGAAUGCAUACAUUUCAGGCCAGUACAUACUUUAGCAAGAACUCCUCAUUCAGGAAGCACAGACCAGUACCCACUGGGGAGUCCCCUGCCAGUGCUCCAUUUGCCAGAAGGACUUCAUGACAUGCUUAUCCUUACAGAAUCAUCUGACUAGCCCCACCUUGGAGAAUUGUGGCAAAAUCUUUAUCAGGAACAUUUUGCUUCCCACCCACCAAGUGGUUUCUGUGGGAGACAAGCCCUACCAGAGUGGCAAGUGCAGGAAAACCUUCAGCAGGAAUUUCUACCUCAUGUGGCACAUAGCAGGGAAUUGGGGGAUUUUAGAAUCCAUACCUGACUGGUAGGUGCUGAGACCAUGGGUGCCAGACUUAAUAUUGGAGGACACAGGUGGGAUGCAAGAGAAGUCCUGAUCAGGCCUGUCUUAGAAAUAUGGCUGUUGUGGACACACUAAGUCAUUAUCAUAUGCUUCCCCAGCAUCUGCAGGGCCAGGUGCAAAGUAAGCACCAUCCAGGUCUAGUAUCUAGAAAUGUAGCCAGGGGCCUGUGACUCCAGACCUAGAUCCAAUAAACUGUUGUAGAAGCUUGGAUAAAACAUUUAGUGUCUGGUCUCCAUCUCCUGGAUAGUAAAGUGGAGGAGAAAAAGAAGGGAGAUGUGGAGAAGGGCUCCAUGGGGGCAUCGUCACUUUGUGAUACAUGACAUGCCUGGAUCUUGUCUAGAAGUCAGGUGGUCACAUCCGUGGGUAUCCUUGUUUGCCCCAUUCCCAGCCCCCAGGUUUUCUGCAACAGUAGAAGGUGCCAUAUGUUUUAU